CAGACUCUUAAAUCAACCUGUGAUCGAGUUCACAGCUGACUGUAUUUGGCUCUUUGUUUAAGGGAUUUAUUCUAGUUUUGGUGCUGUUUUAGAAGUUUUUAGAGAUGUUUAAUAUGUUGGUUUCGGUUUUGCUGACUUUAACAAUGUCUUCGUGCAUGUUUGCUUUCACGAAUUCAUAAUCGCACUAAAUGAUUUAAUUAAGAUUUAAUCGCGAUCCGAUUUCGAUUAAUUGUGUUGCCGUAUUUUAAAUGGUACCACAGUCGCAGCUUUUGUACAUUUUUUUUCCCCCUGACAGUGCAUAAAUUGCAACACCUAUCAUAUAAAUCAUUAACUUUACAGUAAGUCGCACCCUACAGAAAAACCUUUUUCGCAAGAAUGUAAUCAGGAGGUUAUAUAAGCCCUCCCGUAAGGAGGAAAUGAACUGCCGAGUUGCAGUGUGUAUCGUCUCUCUGUCUGUGUGUUCAUUUACAGUGAAAUGGCAGAAACUAAUAUAUCAGUGGAUCAGGACCAGUUCAUUUGUCCAGUGUGUCUGGAUCUGCUGCAGGAUCCAGUGACGAUUCCCUGUGGACACAAUUGCUGUAAGAAAUGCAUCACAGAUGUCUGGGAUCAGGACGAUCAGAAGGGAAUCUACAGAUGUCCUUUAUGCAAACAGUCCUUCACACCAAGACCUGUUUUAGGUAAGAACAUGGUGGUUGCUGAAAUGGUGGAGAAGCUUAAGAAGACGAGGUUCCAAUCUGCUCCUGUUCCUGCUACUCCUGCUGCUCCUGCAGUUCAUCACACUGGAUCUGGAGAUGUUCAGUGUGACUCCUGCUCUGGAAUUAAACAGAAAGCAGUGAAAUCGUGUCUGGACUGUCGAAGCUCUUACUGUCAAAAUCAUCUUAAACAGCAUGAGAAUCUCUUCAGAGGUAGAAAACACGAUCUGAUGGACGCCACUGGACGACUGCAGGAGAUGAUCUGCCCUCGUCAUAAUAAAAUGGUGGAAAUUUACUGCCAUACCGACCAGCAGUGUUUAUGUAUGCUGUGUUUGGUGGAUGAACACAAAAAUCAUGACACUGUAUCAAUUGCAGCAGCAAGGACAGAGAAACAGAAACAUUUGGGGGAGACACAGAUAAAACUUAACCAGAAAAUCCAGAAGAAAGAGGAAGAUAUUCAGGAGCUGAGGGAAGCUGUGGCAUCUCAUAAGCGUUCUGCACAGACAGCAGUGGAGGACAGUGAGAGGAUCUUCACUGAACUCAUCCGCUCCAUUGAGAAACGUCGCUCUGAGGUGAAGCAGCUCAUCAGAGAUCAGGAAAGAGCUGCUGUGAGUCGAGCUGAAAUGAAACUGCAGCGACUGGAGAAGGAGAUCCAUGAUCUGAGGAGGAGAGACGCUGAGCUGAAGCAGCUUUCAGAAACACAGGAUCAUGUUCAUUUCCUCCAGAGUUUGUCGUCUGCUUCUGUCUCUCUCUCUGGAGCUACUGAUGCCUACACUGUCAGUCCUCAUCUGACAUUCAAUGAUGUGGUGAAAUCUGUCUCUCAACUCAGAGACAAACUGCAGGAUUUCUGCAAAGAGGAGACAGAAAAGAUAAUUGAAACAGUGAAAACCAUCCAGGUCAUUAUUGCUCCUGAAUAUGAGACCAGGGAGGAGUUUCUACAAUAUUUUCAUCCAUUCACGUUGGAUUCAAACACAAUAUAUUCAAGUCUCUGUCUGUCUGAGGACAACACAGUGAUCACUUCCACCAGCUGUAAUUACAGAUAUCCCAAUCAUCCAGAAAGAUUUGACUAUUGGAUAGAGGCACUGUGUCGGGAGAGUGUCAGUGGACGCUGUUACUGGGAGGUGGAGUAUGGCGGGAAUGAGGGUGUCCAUAUAGCAGUGGCUUAUAAGAGCAUCAAGAGGAAGGGAAAGAGUGGUGAUAGUCGAUUUGGAUAUAAUGAUCAGUCCUGGAGAUUGUACUGCUGUAACUCCAGUUGCUCAUUUAGACACAAUACCAUACGGACUGUACUCCCUGUAGUGUCCAGUCGUAAAAUAGGAGUGUAUGUGGAUCACGGUGCAGGAACUUUGUCGUUUUUGAGUGUCUCAGACACAAUAAGUCUCAUCCACAGAGUCCAGACCACAUUCACUCAGCCGCUCUAUCCUGGGAUUGGAUUGCAAAAUAACACAACAGUGAAACUGUGUCGUCUAAAUAUGUAAAUAAUUGUCAUAUCACAUCUAAGCAUUGUGACACAGAAACAUUAUAUAUGUUGCUUAUUUUCUAAUUACUUAACAGCUAAUAUCUCAGGUGUGUUAAUGGUUUUAACAAACUAAUCAAAAAAUGUUUGUAAUGUAUGAGGAGAAACUGAUAAUAAAAACUGUGAUUUAUGUCUUUUGUUGGAAUUUGUUGAAACUUUUGGUGAAUGACUGUCUAAAGUAACUUUCAAAUCUGAUUCUCAUGUUGUUAAAGAUUUUUUUUUUUUAAGACUGUUGUUGUUGUUUAUAUUUUGUGUGCUGUUUAGUGGACUUUUAUUCAUAAUUUGCUUUGGUUUUAUAUCUGAGUAUAUCAUAUCCUAGU